AUGUGGGCCCCUGACUUGGGGCCCCUAAACGAGGGGGCCCCCUGGGCAGGGUACUCUGGGGUCCCCCCGGAGGGGGCCCCCCUUGAAGGGGGCCCCCCAGAGGAGAUCCCCGCUGAAGGGGCCCCUCCAGGGGGGCCCCCCUUUGAAGGGGGCCCCUCAAAGGGGGGGCCCCCCUCAGGGGGGCCCCCCUCUAGGGGCCCUUCAGCUGAGCUGGGGGCCCCUCCAGAGGGGCCCCCUUCUAGGGGCCCUUCAGGUGAGCUGGGGGCCCCUCCAGAGGGGCCCCCCUCUAGGGGCCCUUCAGCUGAGCUGGGAACCCCUCCAGAGGGGCCCCCAGCAGCAGCAGUACCCUCUCGUGAGUCUUACGAAGAGCCAGGGGGCCCCCAAGGGGCCCCUGCAGCACCUUCGGACGCGGACAGCCCCCAGGGGGGCCCGCCUGAGGGCUCUGUUGGGGGCCCCGAGGGGGGCCCCGAGGGGGGCCCCCCUGGGGGCCCCCUUGGGGGCCCCCAAAGGGCCUCAGGCACACUUGAUGCUACAAUUCGGCAAUCCCCAGGAGGGUCUGGGAGUUGGGGGCCCCCGGGGGGCCCCCAGGGGGCCCCCGGGAGCCCCCAAAGAAGCACUUCAGGGGGCCUCGAGGGGCCCCGCAGAAGUACCUCUGGGGGCCCCCAGGGGCCCCUAAGGUGUACCUCUGGGGGCCCCGAGGGGCCCCUCGACCUCGAGGGGGGCCCCCCGGAAAUUGAGAAAGAAACAAUUCGGAGAAAGAGCAGCAAGGGGGCCCACUUUGCUGACUACCCUGUGGAGGAGUCCCCAGCAGCAGCAGCAGCAGCAGCAGCAGCAGCAGAACAUGAAGCAGCAGCACCAAAGACCGUCAAGGUUUUAAUUGAUGAGGGUUUUUAUGCCGACAAAAAUGAAGAGCAGCAAAACAGAAGGAGUCUCCGAAUUCCCAACUUUCUCGCCGAACAAGCUUUAGCAACAGGCACGCAGGAGGACGAGGGUUUUCGGAAGGAGAAGAUGGAAGUGGUGUCCUUUUCUGCGGGGAGAGUUCUUGAUGCUGCAACAAUUAAAAAAGAAAAUUUAAAAAUAAAAAAAGAAAUUAAAUUCAUUCCCGAAGAAGCCGCCAAGGCCUACAUCACUCGCCUCGUUUCCGAGAUGGACAAACUCAAAAAACAGGCCCGCAAACCCUAA